AUGGCGAAGCUAUCUACAUUCCUGUAUAUUGCCAUUUUGGCCAUGGCAUUUUUUGCUGUAGUUAACUGUACUGAAAACGAUCAAGACGAAAAUAAUGAUCAGGAUUCGAGUCAAAAUAAUAAAGAAGUGUCUGACCAACAGGACCAGGCCUCUGUUAACGUAACAGUUGACAAUAAACCCGCUGGUAAUAUAACAGGGCCCGUUAACGCAACAGAUGACAAUAAACCCGCCGGCCCCGUUAACGCAACAGCUGACGAUAAACCCGCUGGUAAUACAGCAGGCCCCGUUAACGUAACAGUUGUCAAUGCACCCGCUUGUAAUUCAACAGGCCCCGUUAACGCAACAGCUGACAAUAAACCCGCUGGCCCCGUUAACGUAACAGAUGACAAUAAACCCGCCGGCCCCGUUAACGCAACAGCUGACGAUAAACCCGCUGGUAAUACAGCAGGCCCCGUUAACGUAACAGUUGUCAAUGCACCCGCUUGUAAUUCAACAGGCCCCGUUAACGCAACAGCUGACAAUAAACCCGCUGGUAAUAUAACAGGGCCCGUUAACGCAACAGAUGACAAUAAACCCGCCGGCCCCGUUAACGCAACAGCUGACAAUAAACCCGCUGGUAAUAUAACAGGACCCGUUAACGCAACAGUUGACCCAUCAGCUAGUGAUGAAGUUGGCAAAGGAUGUGGACGUGGUAAUGGAAAAGGAGGACUUGUUUCACUUGUAUGGACUGCAUUGGGUAACGCGAAACCCGCUGGUAAUACAGCAGGCCCCGUUAACGCAACAGUUGACCCAUCAGCUAGUGAUGAAGUUGGCAAAGGAUGUGGACGUGGUAAUGGAAAAGGAGGACUUGUUUCACUUGUAUGGACUGCAUUGGGUAACGCGAAACCCGCUGGUAAUACAGCAGGCCCCGUUAACGCAACAAAUGACAAUAAACCCGCUGGCCCCGUUAACGCAACAGCUGACGAUAAACCCGCUGGUAAUACAGCAGGCCCCGUUAACGUAACAGUUGUCAAUGCACCCGCUUGUAAUUCAACAGGCCCCGUUAACGCAACAAAUGAAAAUAAACCCGCUGGCCCCGUUAACGCAACAGCUGACGAUAAACCCGCUGGUAAUACAGCAGGCCCCGUUAACGCAACAGUUGACUCAUCAGCUAGUGAAGAAGUUGGCAAAGGAUGUGGACGUGGUAAUGGAAAAGGAGGAUUUUUUUCAUUUGUAUGGACUGGAUUGGGUAAACCGAAGGAAGAAAUAAAAUGUGGCAAGCCUGGAAAGGGUAGAGGUAAAGGCAGGAACGAUGACGAAGAGAAAAAGGCAGAGAAACAUGGAGAGAAACGAAGAAGGGGUAUUUGGGCAUGA